UUGCUUUCUUCCCCCCUAAAAUAGUUGAUCAUGGACUUGCCAGGUUGGUGACAGUAUAUUGUGAACAUGGUCAUAAAGCUGCCAAAAUCAACCCCCUCUUUACUGGACAAGCCCUGCAGGAGAAUGUGCCUGAAAUCCAAGCUCUUGUGCAGACUCUGCAGGGACCCUUUAAUACCACAGGAUUAUUGAACAUGGGGAAGGACGAGGCCUCUCUUGAGGAAGUAUUAGCCUAUCUCAACCAAAUCUACUGUGGGCAGAUUUCCAUUGAAACCUCCCAACUUCAGAGACAGGAGGAGAAAGACUGGUUUGCAAAGCGGUUUGAGGAGCUGAAAAAGGAGACAUUUACUACAGAAGAGCGAAAACAUCUGUCGAAACUAAUGCUAGAAUCUCAGGAAUUUGACCACUUUUUGGCCACCAAGUUUGCCACAGUGAAGCGAUAUGGAGGCGAAGGAGCUGAAAGCAUGAUGGGCUUUUUCCAUGAGUUGCUGAAAAUGUCAGCCUACAGUGGGAUCACUGAUGUCAUCAUUGGGAUGCCCCAUAGGGGGAGACUUAAUUUACUGACAGGCCUUCUGCAGUUCCCUCCAGAGCUGAUGUUUCGCAAAAUGCGAGGCUUAAGUGAAUUUCCGGAAGAUGUACCAGCCACCGGAGAUGUGCUGUCUCACCUGACCUCCUCAGUUGACCUGGACUUUGGUGCACACCAUCCCCUGCAUGUGACAAUGCUGCCUAACCCCUCGCACCUGGAAGCUGUUAACCCUGUGGCUGUCGGGAAGACUCGGGGAAGGCAGCAGUCUAGACAGGAUGGGGACUACUCUCCAGACACUUCGGCUCAGCCUGGGGACAAAGUCAUUUGCUUGCAGGUUCACGGUGAUGCUUCUUUCUGUGGUCAAGGGAUUGUUCCUGAAACAUUUACGCUCUCUAAUCUCCCACAUUUCAGAAUUGGUGGAAGUGUCCACCUGAUUGUCAAUAACCAGCUGGGUUAUACCACUCCGGCAGAAAGAGGAAGGUCUUCCUUAUACUGUAGUGAUAUUGGGAAGCUUGUGGGCUGUGCCAUCAUCCAUGUCAAUGGAGAUAGCCCAGAGGAAGUGCUCCGUGCCACACGCCUGGCUUUUGAAUACCAGCGCCAAUUCCGGAAGGAUGUGAUUGUUGAUUUGUUAUGCUACAGGCAGUGGGGCCACAAUGAGCUGGAUGAGCCUUUCUUCACCAACCCAGUCAUGUACAAAAUCAUCAGAGCUCGAAAGAGCAUUCCAGACACUUAUGCAGAGCACCUUAUUGCCAACGGACUCAUGACUCAGGAGGAGGUGUCAGAAAUCAAAGCCGCCUACUAUGCAAAGUUAAAUGACCAUUUAAAUAACCUGACCCACUAUAGCCCCCCUGCCACUCACCUGCAGGCCCACUGGCAGGGCCUGGCUCAGCCAGAAGCUCGCAUUACCACCUGGAACACAGGUGUGCCCCUCGACCUCCUUCGGUUUGUUGGUGGCAAGUCUGUGGAGGUGCCGGAGGAACUCCAGAUGCACAGUCACCUUCUGAAGAUGUAUGUUCAGUCUAGACUAGAGAAGGUGAUGGAUGGAACCAAGUUAGACUGGGCCACGGCAGAAGCUCUUGCCUUAGGCUCAUUGCUUGCUCAAGGUUUUAAUGUCCGUCUGAGUGGCCAAGAUGUUGGCCGUGGAACGUUUAGUCAGAGACAUGCAAUGGUUGUUUGCCAGAAGACUGACGAAACCUACAUCCCUCUGAACCAUAUGGACCCUCAUCAGAAGGGGUUUCUAGAGGUCAGCAACAGCCCAUUGUCAGAAGAGGCUGUCCUGGGAUUUGAGUAUGGGAUGAGCAUUGAGAGCCCUACGUUACUGCCCCUCUGGGAGGCUCAGUUUGGCGAUUUCUUCAAUGGUGCCCAGAUCAUCUUUGACACGUUCAUCUCUGGAGGAGAGGCCAAGUGGCUCCUCCAGAGCGGCAUUGUGAUUCUCCUGCCCCACGGGUAUGACGGGGCUGGACCCGACCACUCCUCCUGUCGCAUAGAGCGUUUCUUGCAGAUGUGUGACAGCGCAGAGGAGGGGGUGGACGGGGACACCGUGAACAUGUUUGUGGUAAACCCCACGACUCCUGCUCAGUAUUUCCAUUUGCUCAGAAGACAGAUGGUCCGGAACUUCAGAAAACCCCUCAUUGUUGCUUCUCCAAAGAUGUUACUCAGGUUCCCUGCAGCUGUGUCGACUCUUCAGGAAAUGGCACCAGGAACAACAUUCAAACCGGUCAUUGGUGAUUCAUCUGUGGAUCCAAAAAAUGUUAAGAGUCUAGUGUUCUGCUCUGGCAAACACUUCUAUGCCCUACUGAAGCAAAGAGAAUCUUUGGGGGCCGAGAAACAUGCAUUUGCCAUUAUCCGAAUAGAGGAACUCUGCCCAUUCCCGUUGGACUCAUUACAACUUGAGAUGAGCAAAUACAAACAUGUUAAAGAUUUUAUUUGGAGUCAGGAGGAGCCUCAGAACAUGGGUCCAUGGUGUUUUGUUUCUCCAAGGUUUGAAAAGCAGCUAGGCUGCAAGCUCCGCCUUGUGAGCCGACCACCUUUGCCAACACCUGCUGUAGGAAUUGGCACCGUUCACCUGCAGCAGCAUGAAGAUAUCCUCACCAAGACCUUUGCUUGAUGAUGUACUUUGAAGAAAUACAAUUUCCUGUUAAGAAAAUUGCCAUUAAUAAAAAGCCCUGCUUCCUCUACUCUCCUUUUUCCGUUAGGUAACAUGAAAUGUCUGCGUUCCUCUAAGAUGUUGGGACUGUUUAGGACAGUUUAAUCUGGAAUACGUGGAAUAGCAA